AAGUAAUAGCAGUACAGUAGUUUGAUCAAGCUAAUUAAUCACUUACUGACAUUUUACUUUUCUUCUUUCACCUUUUUCACGUGUACCAUCAUCUCAUGUAUUUUUUCUGUCCUUCUAGAUUGUGCAGAAUGUCAGGACCACCAGCUAAGAAACGAUGUCGUUCAGCUGAAGAGGAUGUUAGAGAAUUUCAAAAAUACUGGACAGAAAAGUUUGGUGUGAUUAAGAAAGACAACAAAGCCUUAUGUGUUUUCUGUUCUGAAACUAUUGUUUGCAGAACAUCUUCUGUUAAAAGGCAUUUUGAAAGUGUUCAUAAGAACAUAAGCAAUAAAACCGAAGAGGAACAAAGAGAAUUAAUUUCUCGUGAACUCAACAAAACAAAAAAACAGGCUGAUAAUUUUAUGAACUUCAUCUCAGGCAGGCCCAGUUUCAACUUAGUUGCUGCUAGCUUUGAAGUUUCAAAAGUCAUUGCCCAACAUGGAAAACCACUCAGUGAUGGAGAGUAUAUUAAAGAAGCUUGGCUAGAAUGUGCACCUUUCCUUUUUGAUGAUUUCUCAGAAAAAGAAAAGAUUAUUCAGCGCAUUAAAGAUUUGUCCAUGAGCAGGAAAACAGGCAAUGAUCUAAUCAUGUCAGAUAAAGAUGAUAUUGAGACUCCAGUGAUAACUGAAGCAACCCCCAUCCCUGAAGAUGAGAACUCCGAGCCAGCCAAGAAUUCUGAGUCUGUUGACCAAAGUAUCAAGCCAGAGAGUAAACCAGAACCUGUAGUUUCUACUCGGAAAAGACCAGAGUCCAAACCUUCCAGUGACCAUGAGACUUCAGAAGUUCUUCCUGUUCAGGCAUCACAGGCUGCAGGCAAAGAGACUGUUUGCAAAGAUGAACCCCAGACUGGAUGGGGCUACUGGGGCAGCUGGGGCAAGUCCUUACUUUCUUCAGCCUCAGCUACAGUGGCCACAGUAGGACAAGGUAUUUCAAAUGUCAUUGAGAAGGCAGAGACUUCCCUUGGAAUCCCUAGCCCCAGUGAUAUUUCAAAUGAGGUCCAGUAUGCAGCAGGAGAAACAAAUACCAAAGAGGAUGAAAACUCCUCCCCGAUGACUGGAGCGUUUGGUGUAUUCUCGACUAUCUCUACUGCUGUUCAGAGCACAGGAAAGACGGUUAUCAGUGGGGGUUUGGAUGCCUUAGAAUUCAUUGGGAAAAAGACAAUGGAUGUAAUAGCAGAAGGGGAUCCUGGAUUUAAAAGAACCAAGGGACUGAUGCACCGGAAUUCUACACUGUCUCAGGUUUUACGAGAGGCGAAGGAGAAGGAAGAGCAGUGGGCCACAAAUGAGGUUACCAUAGAAACAGACAGGAAAACUCAUUACGGGGUAUUCUUUGAUGAAUUUCAAGGCCUUUCACAUCUAGAAGCUCUGGAGAUGCUUUCCCGAGAAAGUGAAGUAAAGGUGAAAUCUAUUCUUAAUUCUCUAAGUGGAGAAGAAUUAGAGACUCUAAAAUUUGAAUUGGAGCAGCUGAAAGAAGCAUUUUCCCUACCAGAGUUCUCUGAGGAAGAGGAAGAAGAUAAAAAAGGGGAUGAAGAGUUUACCAAAGAGAUAACAGAGCUAUUUUCCCAGCUGCAUGUCUCCUCCAAACCAGAGAAACUUGCCAAGGCAAGAAAUACAGCCUAUGAAUGGAUCAGGACAUCUCUGGAGAAGCCAUUAGAAGAGAAGGAAGGAGAAAAACAGUUGGAAGGAGAAAAAACUGAGCAAAUAAAUAAAAAUUCAAUAGAGGAUAUCCAUGCAUUUGCAAUCCGGAGCCUAGCCGAAAUGACAGCCUGCUCAAUUGAAUUGUUUCACAAAACAGCAGCUCUGGUUCUACAUGGCCGAAAGCAGGAAGUGACAGCUAUAGAAAGAAGCAGAACCCUUUCCCAGAUGACGGUUGUGUUGUGUAAAGAGUUAUCCUCUUUGUCGAAAGAGUUUACCACCUACCUAACAACUGCUGGGGUCAAAGAAAAGGCAGACGUCCUUAAUCCAUUAAUUACUGCAGUAUUUCUAGAGGCAUCAAAUAGUGCUUCCUAUAUUCAGGAUGCCUUUCAGCUACUCUUACCUGUGCUGGAGAUGUCGCUCAUUGAAAACAAGACCGAAUUACCAGAGGCAUGAAUUGCAGGGCCAGAGGCUUUUGUCAGAACAUUGAAGAACAGAGAAGAUUGACCUGAGACUUGUGAUGGCCAAGAAAUGCCACUCUAUUCUGGGUACCCUUGCAGCAGUGAAGGAGAAGGGCUAUUUUAGUAUAUAAACAUUCAGGCAGGAUAGCAGUUUUAUAGGAAGUUUGUUGCCUUCACUGCUUGGCUGAAGUAUUCAGGUUCUCACACUGCUCUUCCCAGUUGUUAUAAUUAAUAAAUUAUUUGAAAAGAAACUUUUAAAAGAAAGUUCAAAAAUAAUAGCUCUAGAUAAAGGUUAGUGGGAUACUCAGGUAAAAAUAUUGGUAUUUUCUUUGAUGGUGCAAAACACUAACAGUUUUUUCAUGGAUAUAAUUGGCUGUUAAGAGAAAAAGUACUUAAUUUCAUAUUCUAGGAUUAAUGUGCUUGAUCUAUGAAUGCCAUGCACUUUCUUCUUUCUUUAAUAAAAUCUAUGGCUUUAAGAAGCUGCGUAUAUAUAAACUCUUACAAUGAUUACCCUUUAUUACAUAAAUUCUUGGAAUUGGUUAGAAACUUUUAUAUGCUUUUUAAUUCUCAGCAGACAGUUGGCAUUGAGGAGAAACUUACAGAAUAUACUUGUAGCCACGAGUUCACUAUAGCAAUGUGUCGUUUGGCUUCAAAUUGCUCUCCCACAAUUGCUCUCUCACUCCGAGAUGACAAGUUUUAAGUUGUUGACCUCUACUCAGCUGGAUUCAAGAUCAGUAAGUGCCAUUUAGAGAGACAGUUCCAUGUUUGCAGAUAUUCUGAAUCUCUCCAGAUGUUUUCCAUGCAUAUCCCAUAUGCAGGAUAAAUUUGGUAAGAGCCAGCUCCAAAGGAGUAUGAAGUGCUUAUAGUAAUGGGUUUUUUGUUGAUUGACUGUUGUUGUUGAAUUGGAUUGUGGAAUCCCAUAGUAAUGAUGUUCAUUAUCACAGGAUUUAACCUGUUAGUCAUGGUAUAUUUUUCCUUAUCCUUUUUGUUUUAAUGUAUUCUUUAGCAUGUUUAUAAAUACAACUUUAUCCUUUAGAUCUUGAGCCUUAUUUUAGUUCUCUUUGACUGUUUAAGAGACUGAAAGGCUAUUGUCUUCCUAAAAGUUAUUUUGGUAUUCACUCUUUCUUAAAAAGUUCUUCAACCUUAUGGUUUUUAAUGAUUUAGGUAGCUUUUGUGAGUUCUGCCACUCUUCUCCUAAAACCUUUAAAUAGAAUGUAAUAAUUUUUUUCAGUUGAUCCUUUUGUCUAAAUGUGAGCCCCAAUAGCUUUCUCAGACCCCAAAAAUAGCAAAGUCAUAACAUAGAUCAGUGUCAAGACUGUUUCUAUAUAAUUGCCUUAUUUGAAGUAAGGGGCUAUUUCUAAGCAAGGAGGAAAAUAAAUAGAUUUGGCUAAAUAGGUAUACCAAUAACACUAGAAUGUAGCUCUGCUUAUAUUCUGUUCUAAAGUGGUCAGAAAAAAUUUUAAAUAUUACUUUUUAUAGACAAAUUUUAUCUUUCCCAAAGUGACAAAUUUUGAAUUUUCAGAAACAGUUUUCUUGUGGUUAAUAAAGUUGUUGUUCCAGCUCUGA